ACUCAUUCGUCACCAUGCAUCUUUGACUUAUGCAUUUCCUAUAGAAUCCUACUUCGGCUUCACAACAACUUUGGGGAUCUCGUCGGGGAGGUAAAGACAACAGCCAUCAUGAUCACCGAUGAUCAUAAGUCCAUCCAAAAACUCACCCCAGCUCAUACCGCUGACGAAGAGGAAGUUGACUCCUUUGCCACCCCUUCGAAACGACGAACCAAGAGGAUCGUCAGCAAACAUUCAGAGGGCGAAGGUCGUGUCAAGCUGGAAGAAGAUGACUUUGAAGAGUCUGGAGUUGGCGCGAUCAGAAAUAAACCGCGAUCCAAUAGGAUGUCUCAUUUGUCCCGCUCGGCCACCGGCAUUACCAAACUCACAACAUUGCCAGUCGACGAACUUGCUUGUCCGGCACUCAAC